AUGGCUGAAGAAGUUCCCCUUUCCUUCGAAGCAGAAACUUUUCGUAAGAUACAGCCUCAGGAAUACCUGCGUAGAUUUACUCAAAAAGAUAUCAGGCCCGAUGGUCGAGAGUUAAAGCAAUUUCGACAAACGACAAUUAAUCUUGGUUGUAUAACAACGACCGAUGGUUCUUCAAUGGUCCGGAUAGGAAAUACAACUGUUAUAUGUGGAAUAAAAGCAGAAGUUUCAGUACCUAAUCCGAAUUUCCCCCAAAAGGGAUAUUUGGUACCAAACGUGGAUCUUGCUCCAAUGUGCUCUCCUAAAUUUAAGCCUGGUCCACCUAGUGAACAAGCACAGGUGUUGAAUCUAGAUACUUUAUGUAUUCAUGAAGGUUUUGCUGUUUGGGUUCUGUACGCUGAUUUGGUUUGUGUCAAUUACGAUGGUAAUGUCUUUGAUGCUUGUGUGAUCGGGCUAAUUACCGCUUUGUCAAAUGUGAAACUCCCCGAGGCAACAUUCGUGGAAGAAGACGGUCUGGUAAAUGCCACUGAAGAACGAUCAAUUCCUCUUAAUAUCUCUAGAUUACCGUAUCCUGCAACAUUCGCAAUGUUUGAUGGGCAAUAUUUAUUGGUUGAUCCAACUGAAUUGGAGGAGUCGAUUGCAAAUGAGUUGAUUACCAUUAUCUGUGAUGAAUCUGAAAAUAUAUGCGCAGUAUGGAAAGUAGGAGGAGUAUUCUGUAAUUCUGAAUAUUUAAAAAAAUGUAUAUCGAUUGCUCGAGAAAGAUAUGCUGAGAUUUCGGCGAUUAUAGAAGAAGCAAGACGUAAGGAAUUUUAA